AUGAGAACUCUCUCUCUCUCUCUUUUUCUCAAUUUCUCUCCCUUCCUCUCAGUUUAUUUUCCUCCCUCUCUCAAUCUCUCCCACUCUUUUAAUUUCUCCUCAACUUUCUUAUUUUUUCACCCAUGCUCUCAAUCUCACCCUCUCUCUCAAUUUCUCUCUCUCAAUAUUUUUGCCUUUCUCGAGCAAUCUCUACCACCCUCUCAGUCUCUACCAAUCUCUGAAUUACACUUCCUCUUUCACAAUCUUUCUGCCUUUCUCUCAAUCUCUCACUCUCUCCCUCUCAAUUUCAUUUCCUCUCUCUCAAUUUCUCUUCUUCUUUCUAUACUCUCCCUUUCUCUCAAUCUUUUUCUCUAUCUCUGUUUCGCCCAAUCCCUCACCAUCCUUUUGUCUCUCGCCCUCUUUUUCAAACAGCUCUCUUCCCUUCUCUUUCCCAGUCUCUUUCCUUUUCAAUCUCUCUCUCUCUCAACUUUUGUAUUUCUCCCUCUCACUUUCUUUCCAUUUUUACUGCCCUCUCUCUCAUUACGCCUAUUCAGUUCUUUUUCUCUUUAA